CCAGGGCCCGAGCCCGCGCGGCCCGCACCGAGCCCGGCGGCGCCGCGUAGCGCAGCGGCAGCGGCAGCGGGAGCGCGGGAGCCCGACGGCGCGGCCGCAAGGUCACCGCGCACCAUGGAGGCCAAGGUCCGCCAGAGCCGGCGCUCGCGCGCGCAGCGGGACCGCGGCCGGCGCCGGGAGGCGGCCCGCGACGCCCGUGACCAGAGCGCGUCGUCGGGCGACGAGACCGAGCCCGGGCCUGGCAAGGAGAACGCGGGCCUGCCCCGCGCGCCCCCGCCCCGCGCCGCCGCCGUGCGCCCCCCGCGCCGCCGCCGCCGCGAGUCCAGCUCGCAGGAGGAGGAGGUCAUCGACGGCUUCGCCAUCGCCAGCUUCAGCACGCUGGAGGCUUUGGAGAAGGACAUGGCCCUGAAGCCACACGAGCGGAAGGAGAAAUGGGAGCGUCGCCUUGCCAAGAAGCCCCGUGAGUCAGAAAACUGCCCGUCUGCAGAACCAAGCGAGAACGGGCGGCCCCUGGAGAUGGGCAGCCCUGAGCAGGACCUGGAGCCUGCCUGUGACCGGGGGAAGAAGAAGGUCCCCCUGCAGCCCACCAAGCAGAUGAAGGCCACAGCGUCCAGAGGGGGCGACCGCCACAGUGGGGAUGACAGCUUCCACGAAGCCACCAGCUCCCGGAGGAGCAGUUCUCGGGACCAGCUCAGUGACAGCUCUGCACAGGCGGUCUCCGGCCGGGGCUACUCGUGUGACAGCGAGAGUGAAGGGGACGACAAGGCAUCUGUGGGCUCCGAGAAGCUCUUUGCCCCAGCAGCCGAUAAAGGCCCCGCGCUGGGCGAGGAGGCCGAGGCCAAGGCCGGGGCGCCGCCCAAGGUCUCAGGCCUGGAGCGCAGCCGUGAGCUGAGCGCGGAGCCGCCGCCCUUCCUGCCUGCCGUGCGCAGCCCCGCACCCCCCGCCGGGCCCGCGCCGGACGCCCCGGCCAGCCCGCCGGUCAAGAAGGAAGCCCCCGCCCUGCCCCGCCUCACCCCGCAGCCGCCGCCAGCGCCCCCGCAGCCCCGCGCCCCGCUCCCGACGCACGUGCCUCUGCCCCUGGGCGCCUUCGCGGGCCCCGGCCAGGCCGCGCACAACGGCCUGCACAGCCUCAGCAGGAGCAGCAGCGCCAGCAGCAGCGCCAGCCUCGGGCUCGCGAAGCACGCGUCCGUGUCGCCUCUCGGGCCGGGCCCCCACCUGUCUACCUCACACUUGGCGCUCCGCUCGCAGGCCCAGCACCAGCACCACGCGGCGGCCAUGUUCGCCGCCCCCCCGACACUGCCCCCGCCCCCGGCGCUGCCGGCCAACAGCCUGGUCAUCCCAGGACACCCUGCCGAUGCCAGCCUGUUGAUCUCAUUCAGCCAGCCAAUCAUGUAUUGCCAGCCUCAUUCGGGGAUUCUGAUUGAUCACGAGCUGCUCAGGCAAGAGCUGAACGCGCGUUUUCUGGUCCAGAGCGCUGAGCGGCCCGGCGCCCCCCUGGGCCCGGGGGCUCUGCUGCGGGCGGAGUUCCACCAGCACCAACACACACACCAGCACACACACCAGCACCAACACACAUUUGCCCCCUUCCCCGCGGGGCUGCCCCCGACGCCGCUCCUGCAGCCCGCCGCACCCCCGCCGUUUGACAAAUACGCACCCAAGCUGGACAGCCCCUACUUCCGACAUUCCAACUUUUUCCCAUCCUUCUCUUCUGCCAUCCCCGGACUGCCCACCCUGCUCCCACACCCAGGCCCCUUUGGGUCCCUACAGGGUGCUUUUCAGCCCAAGGAGGCCCCGGACAGGACUGGGCUCGCUUCUCUGACCCUCCCUGAAGCCGGGCUGUUUCAGCCCCCCAACCCAGGCAUGGCUGUGUCGGGAUCCCCUUCCCACCUUUGCAGAAGCCCUUGGGCUGAGGAUACUUCAAACCCAAUCGAGGUAACGGGUCGAGCCAGUGCUGUUCACACCCUCCUCCAGAAAGCCCCCGGGGUGUCUGACCCGUACCGGACGGCAGUCAGGAAACCCGGCAAGUGGUGUGCCAUGCACGUGCAGAUCGCCUGGCAGAUCUACCGCCAUCAGCAGAAGAUGAAGCAGGUGCAGCUGGAGCCCCACAAGCUGGAGGUGGGCGCCAAGCUGGACUUGUCCAGCAGACCCCCCGCCCCGGGCGUGUUUGCCGGAUUGCAGUACCCGCAGGAGCUGGCCCGGCCCCUCUUCUCCGGCUCGGGUGCAGCCCACCCCACCACCAACCCAUUCGGACCCUCGGCCCAUCCCGGCAGCUUCCUGACCUCUGGUCACCUGACAGACCCGUUCGGCAGGUCAGGCACCUUCGGGGGCCUGGGGAGCCUGGGCAGCAACGCCUUCGGAGGCCUGGGGAGCCACGCACUGACUCAGGGCAGCGGCAUCUUCGCCCCCAAGGAGAGCUCCGCACUGCACGGCCUGCCCAGCCCCCACGAGGCCUGGAACCGGCUGCACCGGGCGCCUCCCUCCUUCCCCACACCGCCCCCAUGGCCUAAGCCUGUGGACCCCGAUCGGGUCUCAGCCCUGACCAACCACGACCGGGAGCCAGACAAGGGCAGGGAGGAGCGGGAGCGGGACCUCCUGGAGAAGACGCGCCUGCUGAGCCGGGCCUCGCCCGCAGCUCCAGUGGGCUACCCGGUCAGCAGCUUCCUGCUCCGCGGCCAGGGCGAGCCGUGCCGGCCCGGGGUCCCUGCCGAGCGCGAGGCCGAGCCCCGCGUCAAGGAGAGCCGCUCACCGGCCAGGGAGGACGGCGCCAAGCCGGCCGCGCGCCCGCCGUCUCCCUACAGCAAGGCGGCCCUGGGCGACAGCCUGCGCCUGGCCGGCCUCCUGGGCCGAGAGCCGGGGAAGCCGCCCGAGGCGCCGGCCGAGCGGCCCCAGGGCGACGUGAAAGUCAAGGAGGAACGCAGGGAAGACGGCGACGCGCCCGAGCCCCCCGGGGCCGGCCCGCACCCCGCGCCCGAGCGCCCGCGCGCCGCCCCCGCGCCCCUGCAGCUCGGCCCCGGCCCCGCGGGCCGCGAGCGCCUGGGCUUCGCGUGGGAGCCCCUGCGCGACGCCUACCGCGGCCUGGAGCUGCCCCGGCGCGCCCUGCCCGCCGCCGCCGCCGCCGCCCCCGCCCCGGCCCCCACCGCCCUGUUCGAGCCCCCCGAGCGCCCCUACCGCGACCGCGAGCCGCACGACUACAGCCCCGAGCGCCUGCGGGAGGCGCGCCGCGAGGAGCUGGAGCGCGCGCGGGCCGCGCACCUGGGCGCCGCCCCGCACCUGCCCGACGGCGCCGCGCUGCUGCCCGCGCUGGGCGCCCUGCACUACCCGCGCCUCGGGCCCGCCGCCGCCGCGCUGCACAACGGGCUCCUGGCGCGGACCCCGCCCGCCGCCGCCGCGCUCGGCGCGCCGCCCCCGCUGGUGGCCGCGGGCGGGCCCCCCACGCCCCCGGGGCCGCCGCCGCGGAGCAGGACUACGCCGCUGGGGGGCCACGGGCCCGAGGCGCGCGACUACUCCCCGUCCCGCAACCCCCAGGAGGUGGAGGCGCGGUAGUCCCCGCGGGACCCCGCGCCGCCUGUACAGAGACCCUCCCACAAAUGCACUGCUGUAAACUUUUCUACGUGGACGUUUCUAGAACCUAAGCACAGCGCCGUCAGUCCUGGGGUGACAUUCGCUUUCCGCUCGAAGCCCGCGGAGUCGGGGAGUUUCAUCCACAGCCUUGCUGGGGGUGAUCUUUUCGUUUUCCCAGCUUGAGGUUAGGCCACUGGAAGAGAAUUCGAGUUUGUACAUCUUUUCCCACAGGUGAGAAGCGUUUUUAAUAGAUUUGUAUUUUUUUCAAUUUUGUGCUCUUUAGACACUUAAAACAAGAAACUUUUGCUUUUUUACCUUCAGUUCGGAUUUGCAAUGUAAAGGCCUCAGACCCCUCUCUAGAGCCCCAGGAUCUUGUCUUAUUUAUGGAGAAAACACGGUCAUUUUGUCCAGCGCACUGUGAGGCCCCCCACUCAGGGCCGGCCCUGGCCCUCCCCUGGUACUGGGAACCGAAGUUACAGAUAUAUAUUAAAAUAAUAAUAAUAAUGUACAAAACUUUUUUUGCCUUAUUAUGCAGAAGCGUAAGAGGAUUUUUUUCGGUUUUUAAAAAAAAUGAAAUAUGUAAAUAGUCUGUUAAUAUAAAUAUAUGGCGUUAUUAAAUUCUUAACCUGGGUAGACUUUAUAAAAAGUUUCUAGAAACCUCUCUGGUUAUUUGUUUAACACGGUCACAAAAAAAAACCCCUCGCUGUCGGUUGGAAACGCGCGCAAGUUUAACUGCAGCACCGACCCUUCAACUAUGCAAGCGCUCUGAGGUGGGGCUGGGCCGCCGUCCGGGGAACGAGGCUCGGAGCGGCCACGCCGGCCUCCCCGGUCCCCAGCCCCGGGGCCCUGCCCUCCCUGGGACUGGCCGGCUCUGGCCGCAGGACACUUCUGUGGAUCCUGGUUUCGUUUGCGCAGCGUUUUCGGAACCUGUACCUGACAAGCAGACUUUUAGGAGUGAAGAGUAAAGGUUCGUCACAAAACGAAACGGUAACCGGUGUUUUCUCUCCUGUGCAAAGGCCGUCAGCAAACGUUUCUCAGCGUGGCCCUGCCCCGACCGAGGCCUUGGCACGAUUUCCUUUUGCUUUCGGGUUUGCUUUCAUAACCUCUCGAACGCCGCCUCGCCCUGCCCUCAGCGCCCUUUUCUGUUCCCCGGCGGCCACAUGCGUGUCCGCCGCACUUUUGAGCCUUGUCGGUUCGACGUCCGCAGCUAUUUGCUCCGUUCUGUGCUUUCAACCCGUUUCCACUGUGGACUGUGGUUGCUUUAAACAUUCAGUUCUCGUGUCAAUCAAUGAAGAUAAAUACAGUCUUGAUUUCGAUCA